AUGAGUCCUCGAAUAGCAGCCGGUAAUCUGAGAUGUCCUCGAUGCAACACUCAGCUUGACCGGAAUCAACCUGUUUGCCACGAUUCGAAUUUUCAAGACAUCAUUAGAAAGAUCGAUUUCGACCUCAAUACUGUGCAUGAUUUAUUCACCCGCAAACCACAUUCUAUUUCUAGUGAUGAGGAAUACAUGGAUAUGUGCAACGUUUCUGAGGAGCGUAGGAAGAUCAUCAGAAAAAAGGCGGCACCUCAAAGCAGAAUCCAUCCUCUAGCAGCUGAACAUGGGAGCAACGCAUUGGUGCAGCGGUAUUUUAAGAAAAUGGGGUUGCCACACCACGAUCCGCCUCUUCCAUUACCAAGAAUUCCUGAGCACGACGGAGUUGACGCGGAGGAACGACGACCCUUUCGCAUCUAUGGAAAUCUCAUCAACCAUAUCCCUCCUCCUCUUCGUGACAGAAGAAUCAAAGAUGGAAGCAGUGGUUAUUACGACACUGAGUAUAAACUGUUUGAGAACGAUAAUCUUAAGUGCAAUAAGGAUCAUGUUUGGCCAACAAUCGAAAAAAAGGAACCAAACAGAUUUGGAAUCACUGCGGAGUACAGAAAGAACGUAGCUAAAGUGAAUCGUAUGCUGCGGUCGAAAGCUCGAACCAUCGAAAACGUUUCCGGUGAACACGCUGAAGCUGAGUCUGGAGAUGAAAAAUCACUGGGAGAUAUCUUUCUCGAAAAGGAAGCGAAUGGAGAAUCAUCAAAUAAUGACUCGGUUGAUUCCGAAGAUGUCAAAGAAGAAUUUUGUGAGCGUCAGCAUUUAUAUCUGUCUCGACAGUCAGCGAAAACGGUUGAAGUGAUUCUUCGUCCUAAUCGCAACCCGAAAUCGUCUUCUCGUCUGAUUUCUCCACGUGAACUUCCUUCAUUCUAUCUGUUUGUGGAUGAAGCAGCUACUAUCGCUCAUCUACAACAAUUUAUUUUGAUGCGAAUUAAUUUAUCGUGCUCACGGACGAAGGUUUCAAUACUUAUGAGCAAGAUAAUAUGGGAAUGUAAAGCUGCCCGUAUGGCAAUGUUGCAGUGUAUUCGCGAUGUAGGUAUUAGUGCAGCAGCUGAAAUAAAAGAUAUAGCCAAUAGCACAGCAUACACGAUCAGCACAAAGGAUGGAGAUAGUACGGUGUAUGCAACAAUGUAUCCUGUUCAGAAGCUGGACGAAAGUUUGCAUCUCGCUGAUUUCGUGAAGAUUGAGCAGCAUCCAUUUUGGAAGGAAAGACAAUGA